AUGUCACAACCACCCACGCAACAACUGUCAGAAUCCUUUGAUCUUGCCCGUAAGUGGUAUGAAGAAUCCAGGUCUUCCUCAGCCCAACAGCAUGGCUGGACCAAGUACAAAACCACUGAAGAAGGAGCACACUAUUGGAUCAACAAGGACAAACAUGAUUAUUGGGUGUUUCAAGGAGAAAUGUUGAACGUCGAGUGUGCCAACAACGUUGCUUCUUCUCCCCGAGACAUUAUUCACUAUUUGGAAGUGGAAGAGAAGAGAUUGUUAUGGGAUGAAGAACUAGUGAAAAGCGAGCGUAUUCCUAUCGGAUCUUCUUCUUCAACCAGCAUUGCUGUGACAAGUCAUCAUCAUGAGGACUUGGGUGCGUUUUACAGAGUGUUCAGUUCAGGAUCAAGAUUUAUCUCCAAUCGUGAAUUUGUCAUUUUGAGAAACAUUUACCAAGAUCCAACACAUCCUGAAAAUGUAUUGUGGCUCGUGACAAAAUCCGGUUACGAAGUGCCAGGGUAUGAGCAUGACAAGGCACCUAAAAAUUCUUCCAAUGUUCGUGGAGUUGUGCAUUUGACAGCAUGGAGGAUUGAACUUGUAAAAACGGAAGGCAAUAAUUCAUAUUUUAACCUCUUUAUCAUGACUCACUCGGAGCCUGGAGGAUGGGUAAAGCCCUCGAUGUACAAUAGCGGUGUUGGUGAUCGACCUUGUGCCACUGUAUUAAGAUUGGUCAAGCAUUUGAGGUCUUUAACCAAGUCACAUUAA